GGGAAAGCAGAUUUGUCGCAAAACUCGCAGCCUAAUACGCCACCUAUGACGUAUUCCCGUCGCCGUCGUCCACCUGGGUUGUUCGCUGAGCCGCAGCCGCCCCCUUUCCUUCCCAUUUUGGCGUCUCGAAGCCAGUAGAUUAAUCAUCUCUCGAUCCACAAAUCGCUCCCCUCUCUCCAUCUCGCUCCCUGAAAUCGAGGAGCGCUGGAGGAGACGCCGCAGAGCGCGUUGGCUCCUAGGGUUUGCCGGUCGGGUUGGGGCUCCGAUCCGGUCGUGCGGGUAUGAGGAUUCGGGAGCUCCGGGAUGGGCUGGAGGUGGAGGACGACGAGCGGGAGCAGGAGGGAUCGUGGGGUGGCGGCGGCGACGGGGAGGUGGUCGCGGUUGUGCGACUGCGGGCGAAGCGCGCGCUCGUCGGCGCCGGCGCGAGGGUCCUGUUCUAUCCGACGCUUCUCUACAACGUGCUCCGCAACAUGUUCGACGGCGAGUUCCGCUGGUGGGAUCGCGUCGACAAGUAUGUUUUGCUAGGUGCUGUUCCGUUCUCUAGCGAUGUUCCGCGCCUGAAGCAACUUGGAGUAAGAGGAGUUGUUACACUCAAUGAACCCUAUGAAACUCUGGUUCCAACAUCCCUAUAUCAGGCUCAUGGAAUCAAUCAUCUCGAAAUUCCCACAAGAGACUACCUGUUUGCCCCAUCCCUGGAGCAUAUUUGUCGUGCAGUGGAUUUUAUCCAUUGUAAUGAAGUGCAAGGUGGUAGCACCUAUGUCCACUGUAAGGCUGGAAGGGGACGAAGCACCACUAUAGUUUUGUGUUUUUUGAUCAAGUACAGAAAUAUGACACCAGAAGCAGCUUUGGAUCAUGCGAGGUCUGUGAGGCCUAGAGUGCUUUUAGCGCCAGCUCAGUGGCAGGCUGUUAAAAUGUUCAGCAAGCUCAACGGGAGAUGCCUUUCCAUACAGAGCUCGAACCCAACCUGCUCAGUACUAUCUUAUGAGGAAUCCAGUGAACUGUUGAGCACGCAGAGCAGCAGAUGCCUUUCGAUUCAGAGCUCGACUGAAGACUCAAUAGCAUCUGAUGAAGAAUCCAGUGAAGCAUCCUUUGUAGACCCUGAAGUUGAUGGCUACGCCGCCACUGAGUUUGACAGCGAGCAUUUUAUUUUACCUCGUUGUCGAAGUAUGCUGUCCAGACCAACAAGCCCCACUGGCUGUAGCGAUGCAGUCUUCGUAACCGAAGAAGAUCUAGAGGGCUAUGAGACCUACGCCGAUGACGGGAAGGACGUUGUUGAAGUGCAAGUAGUGGUUCGCCGCAAGCCCAUCAUGAGCAAACUUUCCUGCUUCCUUGGGUCCUUGAAGCUUACCGGCAACUGCGAGCCACCACCUGGCCGUUUGACUGAGGUUCGAGCCUGCUAGGUGGAUCUGCUAUGGUUUCCAUCAUGAGGAAACUGUCCUGUUUCCUUGGGUCCUUGAAGCUUACCGGCAACUGGGAGCCACAACCUGGCCGUUUGACUGAGGUUCGAGCCUAGGUGGAUCUGCUAUGGUGUCCAUCAUGAGGAAACUCUCCUGCUUCCUUGAGUCCUUGAAGCUUUACCGGCAACUGCGAGCCACCACCUGGCCUUUUGACUGAGGUUCGAACCUGCUAGGUGGAUCUGCUACGGUUUCCGCAUCUGUUUUUCGCUCGUUGUACAUCGGCAGAGUGUAAUUACCGACCUGAGUUUGCACAGCCAGCGGAAUUCCCCCGGGACAGAAGACCGAACUGUAUGGUGUUGCCUGUGGGUGGCGAGAGAGAUUUGGCUAUCAGGAGACCUGUGUAUUGUUGUAGAGAGAGCGAGAGGUCUGUGUGCAUAUCUGAUAUCAGUGUUUUCCUUGUAAUAAAAAGAUGUGCUCUCCAUUAAAAAAGUGUGCUUCUUGUUUUUUAUUUUUCAAAACUCAAGAUAUACAAGUAAAUGAGUAAUACUACCAUUUAUAUA